AUGAAACAGUCAGGCGGCAAUGUCAAGUCUAAUGAAGAAAGCUUAAUUCCCAUUUCUUCAAAACAGACAACGACGACCUCUUCAAGUGUGGUCAAUAGCACAUUAUCUUUGGCAUCAAAAAUUGCAAAAAUAUUGCCCACUGGAAUUCUGUUUGUGUUUCAGGCUCUUUCUAAUCUUCUCUCCAAUAGUCAAGGAUGCCAAACAUCAGAUAAGUAUUUAGUAGGAGUGGUUGUGGGUAUUCUUGGAAUAGCAUGCUUCUUCUUUUCACUGGUAGACACCUUCACAGAUGCCUCCACAGGCAAAGUGUAUUAUGGAAUUGCCACCAUUAAAGGGUUAACCACUGGUAAUCAAAUUAAGCCUUCAAAUGAGUCUGAGUAUCUGAAGAAGCCAAUAUACAGAAGGUGUAUCAGGCACUUCUUGUUGCGCUGGGUGCACUUAGUGGUGUCAUAG